AUGCCUGGAGGUGAAGUCGAAGAUGAGGCUAAGGAAGAAGUGGCCCAAGAGGCGAUGGAGGAAGCGGAGGAAGAACGGGCACGGAGAGAAAUGGACAGGAUGAUUGCUGACGACGGCCUUGACAUUGAUAUCUACGGCGAUGAAGUGACGAGGAGGAAGUAUGAACCCUGGAUCAGGAGUCGAAUGGAUCGAACGUAG